AUGACGGCCUGGUUCUACAAGCCCGAGCUCCUCCCGCCGAGCUACGGCAAGUGGAUCCUCCAGCUCGCCCGCAUGGACCCUCGCCUUCUUCAGCUUCUGCGCUAUGCGCGAGCGGGUCGGUUCGUGUACGGCAAGAAGCCCGACGCCGAGGUCCUCGAGAUGUGCACGGCCAUCGCCAAGCACGCCGGCAAGGACGCAAGCCUCGUCAACCCGGCCCUCAUCGAGCGCCUCGACUGCUCGUUCGUCCACGGUCGACUCGGCGCCGGUUCGUGCGAGCAGAACGCGCUCAAGCGGUGGGCCCGAGCGUUCCUCGACUGCCUCUUGAUCUACCUCCCUGUUCACGCCAUCCCUCCCCUCCUCUUCAACUUCCGCCGCCUCCUCCGCUCGCCCACCUCGUCCCUCCUGCGCAUCCUCGUCGCCGCCUCGCGCUCGUCGGCCUUCCUUGCCACGUUCGUCGCGAGCGUCUACCUCGGCGUGUGCCUCACGCGCACGCGCCUCCCGCAGCUCGCGAGGGGCGCCAUCGCGCAGCAGCCGCUCGACGCCGGGUGGUGCGUCGUCGUCGGGUGCGCCAUGUGCGGCGCGAGUGUCUUGAUCGAGAACAAGCGCAGGAGGAGGGAGAUGGCGCUGUACUGCGCGCCGAGGGCCCUGUGCGUCGCUCCAGGGAAGGCUCUCGCGCGGUGGGCCGAACGCGCCGUCUUCGCCCUCGCGAGCGGCACCGUCAUCUCGGCGUCGGUGCGCCGGCCUGACGCCGUGAGCGGCAUCGUGAGGGGCGUCACAGCGUAUGCCGUCAAGGGCUGGAGCAAGGGCGAGGGAGUGGCGCAGUAG